AGGAGGGAACAGGCAAAGGAAUUUUUGAGGAACUGAGAGCAGCGGAGGGCAGCUGAGGGGAAAGGGAGGAGCGCCGAGCAGACACCAAGGUUACACAUGAGGAGUCUUAGGAGGAUUUAAACAAAGCGCAAGGAGGCAGAGAAUGGAAAGAGCAGGUGGAGUUGGUUGCCUUUCAAUCUUAGCUCACAGCUAAUUACCACUUUCUCACUGUGGUGAAAGAAAGCAAACCGAAACUAAGUGAGAAAAACAGCAAACCGAAAAGGGCAGGCAAAAGCAAGAGAAGUGAAAGCAGAAGUAACAAGAAAAGCAAGCGAGGCGGCAGCUAGAAAGUCGGGUGCAGGAGAUUAAUGGAGGAAGAGAAACAAAAAUAGGAGAGACGGGGCUGUGAGGAGUGAGCGAGAGAGGGAAAAAGUAGGAAAACAGCAGAUACUCAUUGACAGAGAGAGACUGGACUUAACUCAUUGGAUUACUGACAUCAGCAAAACAAAGGAAGAAGAGCAUCAGAAAAGAGGUCACUGUGGUGGAGCAGCAGUGCAGCUUGCCUGAGCCUGCCUACUAUGCAACUGAGAUAGCUGAGAUAGAAACAGUUCACACAGACAUUACAUGUUACUUGUUAGACGCUUUUAUCCAAAGCGACUUACAUACUCUACUGUGGGCAAUCCCCACAGGAGCAAUUUGGAGAGAAGUGUCUUGCCCAGGGACACAACCACAUGCUGACUGCAGCGGGGUUUGAACCUGUACUCCCCUGAUCCGAACACCAACGCACUACUCCACUGCGCCACACGCCUCCCCAGACAGUCCUCUCUGUAGCUGCACCAUGUUGAUGAAAGAAUACCGCAUAUGUAUGCCACUGACUGUGGAUGAGUACAGGAUUGGGCAGCUGUACAUGAUCAGUAAGCACAGCUGUGAGCAGAGUGGUGGUGGAGAAGGGGUGGAGGUGAUGAGGAAUGAGGCCGACAUGCACCCGCAGCACGGCCAGGGUCAGCUGACCGAGAAGCGGAUCUACCUGAGCAGUAAACUGCCAGCCUGGGCGAGAGCAUUUGCCCCGCGAUUCUUCUACGUGACGGAAAAGGCCUGGAACUUCUACCCGUACACCAUCACAGAGUACUCAGUAUCAUUCCUCCCCAAGUUCAGCAUACGCAUUGAGACGAGAUUUGAGAACAACAACGGCGAUAACGACAAUGUGUUUGGGGACACACCAACUCCACCAGAGAAUGUGAGUUUCCUGGAUAUCCUGAGUGACCCCAUUCCUGAAAGGCACUACAAAGAGUCAGAGGACCCGAGUCGCUGGAUGUCAAGUAAAACUGGCCGAGGGCCUCUGGAGAAAGGAUGGAGGGACGACCACAAGCCCAUCAUGUGCUCCUAUAAGAGGGUGCAGUGCAGCUUCGAGGUGUACGGCUUCCAGACAAAGACCGAAGAUUUCAUACACAAAGUGAGACGGAGCUUUUUAUUCCUCUACUGAUUCAUUAAUGUUACAAGCCCAUAUAGGGUGUAAUACAAGGUUGGAAAACAAAAUGUAUACUAAUGGGAAUUUA